GAUGUCGCGUCUCCUUUAAAUGAUGACGUAACCUCGCCGAGUUUCCAGUUCGCCGGGUGAAACCCCUUUUAAACACGGGAGUGUUUGUUUUUUUUCGCUGCCGUGAGGUAUUCUUCAAAAAACCUGAUACCGACUUCACAGACAAUAUGGAGUUUUUAACAGGAAACCCUUUCUGUACACCUGUAGGACAGCGAAUAGAAUAUGCCACAAGUUUGCAGUCAGAAGACUGGGGACUCAAUAUGGAGAUCUGCGACAUCAUAUGUGAGACAGAAGAUGGCCCUAAAGAUGCAGUCAGAGCAAUAAAAAAGAGGAUUGUGGGGAACAGAAAUUUUAAAGAGGUCAUGAUGGCAUUAACAGUUUUGGAGGCCUGUGUGAAAAACUGUGGCUACAGGUUCCAUGUCCUUGUGUCUACCAGAGAGUUUGUAGAAGGGGUUUUGGUCCGAACUAUUUUACCUAGAAACGAGCCUCCUUUGGUUGUUCAUGACAGAAUACUGAGUAUCAUACAGGCCUGGGCCGAUGCAUUCCGUAGCUCCCCAGAUUUAACUGGUGUAGUUUGUGUGUAUGAAGAUCUCCGAAGGAGAGGAACAAUGUUCCCUGUGGCCGAGUUGUGUAGUCCAAUACACACCCCUAACAAGCGUUUUUUUCCUCCGAACGAAUGUGAGGCUCCUCUCUCACCCACACACCAAGCUCAGACCCAACAGCAGACAAACACUCCCUGGCAAAACACAGAGGGUCCAAUCACCUUAUCACCUGACCAGGUGAAAAAGUUGACGUCUGACCUGGAAACAGUUUACAGUAACCUUAAAGUGAUGUCAGAAAUAAUUAGCCAGAAGUUUCCUGGGUGCAAUCAGCAGUCAAAUACAGAUCUCCUGAAGCAGUUGUACCUCACAAGUAAAGAGAAGCAGGACCAAAUAGUUCAUCUCAUUCCCAGAUUAACUGACGAGAAGCUGGUAGGGCAGCUGCUGGUUGCUAAUGAUGACAUGAACACAACCUUUACAGAAUAUCACAGUUUUGAGAAACGUCUUGACAGGCAGAAUUCUAAACAAUCGGGUGCCAACCUCAUUGACCUUGAAGCUCCCUGUAAACCAUUAAGCCAAUCACAACUGGAAACUCCUUUGUGUGAACCAAUCAGUCAAACAGUCAGCAGUCUGUCAACUCAUAUGUCUCAUCUGAGCACAUACGAUCAGGAUAUUAUUCAGAGAUCUAAUUCAUCAGAGAAGCUUGAAGAUGGGGAGAGUCAGAAAAGCCCUGUAUUAGAUGAACUCGCAGCAGGAAGCAGUCAGCUACACAGUGCUGGAGGGGAUAACAGCCCAGACUCCAGCCUCCUUGGCUCCUCACCUCAGUUUUAUUGGAUGGUGGAAAAGGGAAUGAUUCCUGUCAAUCAGAGCGAAGUGAUGGACAAUAUUGAACAGUGGCUUGAUGAAGAUGAUGAUGAUGACUUGGCAGAUGGAGGUGUCACUAGUGAAGAGUUUGAAAGGUUUUUGGCAGGCAGAGCGAAAGCAGCCGAGCGUCUUCCCUCUGUGAAACCUUCAUCUAAUGACCGCCUGCCCUCACAACCAUAGUUCUUUACAGGAGCACAGUUAUCCACCCACCAUCAACAAUCUGUAGCAAGUGGAUUGGUUUGUACCAUUGUGCUUUAAGUAAGGGGAUUGAUGUUUUAUUUAUAUGAUUUUGUAUCAUCUGUCCUUUUUUGUACAUUUUUUUAAACUAUGGGGUCAAGACAUUGUUUUAAUCUGGUUUAUAUUAUUUUGGGGGUUUUUCCCACAUGGUUACCUUCUUCCUAGCUCCCCAAAAACAUGCUGCAUCGACUGUAAAUUACCUCUAUGUGAGAAUGAUUUGUGAAUGUGGUUCCCGUUCCAUUACAAUGGGUGGGUGGUUGAAUGGAUGAAUGAGUGGGAGUUUGGAUUGAUGGGUAGAUGGAUACACAAAUGGAUGGCGUGGAUAUGGAUGGAUGGAUGGAUGGAUGGAUGGAGUGAGCAGGAGGAUGGAUGAGAGGGGUCUAUGGCAAUGGCUGCCAACUCUAGUCAUUGUCAUCUGCAAGUGGAGCUCUACAUUUACAUUUACAGCAUUUGGCAGACGCCCUUGUCCAGAGCGAAGUACAUAAGUGCUUAAAUCUCUAACAUUGAAUACAUUAAUGCUGGUUCACUAGGUUACAUACUUAAGAUACCAUGAGUUUAAAAGAUUUGUUCAAAGUUACAAUGAAAGUUGUUUUUUUUUUUUUUUUUUAAAUGCAAAAGAUAAGGAAAGAAGUGCUAGUUGAAGUGUUUCCUGAAUAAGACACACAUCUAGGCACAUCUGCUCUAACACACAUCUAGGCACAUCUGCCAAGAAGUGUUGCGUAACAGGCUACAUGCAGUCUGAAUUAUGUCUGAUUAUAACGUAUGGAUUCUUUAUAAAAUACACAUGAUCAAACUAGUUACUUUUUUAACUUAUUACUUUUAAGUGGUUACACUUUUAUUUCGAAUGCCCAUAAAUUGUCUGACUGUUACUAAUAUCGAAGAUUUACACUUUAUCACAUAUUGCUUUCCUAUUUAUUUAUAUGUAUAUAACUCCCCAUAUGAUUCUAGCAAUCUCAGCUAGACAGUUCAUAACAGAAGGCAGUGAAGCACGUAAACGUACAUGCCUAGCUUCACGUUGCACUAGUGUACCCUUGGGUACUAGAUUGUAAAGUUUUGAGCUGAUUCUGAUUGUAUAGAUUGGUGUUUAGAUUAAAAACUUUAACAAAGCACAAAGUUAAUUUUAAAAACUGACACUGUUCAGGGAAUGUUACAUACGAGAUGCACUUUAGACCUCAAUCUUAUGAUCAUGAAAUCCUACUUGUUUGGUAAAUCUUAGAUGGUUAACUAGCAGUUAACUAGCCAACUAGCUGGUCCAUAUUUUAUUUAAUUAUGUUAUGUUAAGAUGUUCAACAUUACAGCUACUUUGUAGAAUUUGUGGUUAUAGUAAAAAAAAAGGGGGGGGGGUGUGAAUAAGCACUUGAUGAAUCCUGUAAUUUUAUUUUAUUCUGAUAAAAGGAGUGUUAUUCUACAUUCUCAGUACUUAUUGUUAUAUUACCUAAAAGAUAAUAAGCAGGUUUUAAUAAAUGCAUGUUGCUAAUGUAUUUCUCUUUGCACAGAAGUAUAUGAAGCCAAUAAAUCGGUUAGCAUCAACUCCGAUUAUACUCCACUAACAUGAUUUGUCACUCAUCUCCCUAACACUGCUGUCCUUCAAUCUUAGACUAGAAAGUUUCUGAAUUUAAGGCACUUAUAACAAAUUUUAAAUCAGUAAUUAUGGAUCAGACUCCCAUAUAGGUGAAAUGUAAUUAUACAAAGUGGAGAUGAAGAGUUCAGCUGGGGUGAGUUUUUUUUGUUUUGUUUUGUUUUGUUUUUGUAGUGAAAUGUUUAUAGUUUGUGUGGUUUGGAUUUGUACAAUGUUAAUACAUUGUAUGUUAUGGUACAUUAAUAAAAUUAAUGAAACUCUCUGGA